AUGCAAGGAAUGAAAAGGGAUUAUAAUGGAAAAAUUAAAAAUAAUUCGUUGUCUUUGGAAGAUCAAGUUUUAUAUACCACAAUACCAUUGUGGAAAAUUCCCUACGAAGAACAAAUAAAACAAAAAACUCAAACCGCUAGGAAAUAUAUUGCCAAAUUAUGUAAUUUAAUUUUAACGAGGAAUCCAAAUCUUGACGGAUGGAUUCAAAGACAAAAAGAAGAAAACAAAGGUUUUUUGUGUAAAGUAGAUCCUAUGGUUAGAACUUGCAAUCCGAAUGGAUACAAAGCCAAAUGUGAAUUUAGAGUAGGAUUUGAUGAAGUGUCAAAUGAAAGAGUUGUAGGCUUUAAAUGUGCUAAAUCUGGUGUUUUGAGUGUGUGCCCUGGUGAUAGAAUGAUUCAGUUGCCUCAUCAAAUGAAAUUAGUAGUUAAGCUUUUUGAAGACUAUAUCAAACAGUCUCCUCUACCUCCUUAUGUAGUCGAAACAAAAUCAGGUUUUUGGCAUCACUUGAUCGUACGAGUUUCUAUGGCUGGUGAAGUUAUGUUAUUAAUUGAUAUGAAUUCUAAAAAUUUAACUCUUCAACAACUUCAAUAUGUUAAAUCAGAUUUAUCAAAUUUUUUUUUUAAUGGUGAUGGGAGAGUUGCCAACGUUCAAUCAUUAUAUUACCAUCCUCAUAUUGAAGGGCAAACUGAUCAAGUACCUUCUGCAUUAGAAUUAUUAGGUGGAAUGCAGCGUUUAAUCGAACCUGUGAUGGGAACAAAUUUUCAUAUAGGGCCUUUUACACAUUUUUUAACAAAUGCUUGUUCAGCUCAAACGUUUUAUCAAGCAAUAUCUGAUCUCGUUCAACCUGGUCCAAAUGUAACAAUUAUCGAUAUAUGUGCUGGAAUAGGUGCCAUCGGUCUCACAUUAGCUAAGAAAUGUAAAGAGGUAUAUGCGAUUGAAAUGUUAGAACAACAUAUAGCGGAUGGUGUAUUAACUGCUCAAAUGAAUAACAUAACAAAUUUUUCAUUUCUUCAUGGUAUAGCAGAAGAGCAAUUAGGUGAUCUCCUUAAAACUCUAGAAGGUAGAAAUAAAGAAAUUGUUUGCAUAUUGGAUCCACCUAAAUUAGGCGCACAUAAACGCAUAGUAGAUCAAGUUAGAAUGUCGCCUUCUGUAAAAAGAUUUGUAUAUGUAUGUAAUAAUCACAAAAGCCCGGUAAGACUAUUUUUAGAUUUUUGCGCUUCUCCUUUGGAACGAGGAACGUACAAUUUUACAGGAUUGCCAUUUGUACCUGUUAGAAUCAUACCUAUUGAUUUAGCACCGCACACUCCACACUCACAGUUACUUGUACUUUUCGAAAGGUGUUCAUCAUCAACUAGUAGAAAAAGUAAAGAAUUGAAACCUCGAAAACAACCUGAAUUAGAAGAGUUUGUGGUAUAUACUCAAUGUUGA